AUGAAUAACACAACUCAAAACGACAUGAACAAUGCAUCUCAAACGACAAGUGACGACCUUGGUGACGUGGAGAGAAAAAUUUUUCUGGCAUUUUACUCCACUGUGUUAGUGCUAACCGUGCUCGGAAACACUCUGGUAUGCGUCGCCAUUUAUGUCGACCUGCGCUUGCGCAGUCCAACUAACUGGUUUAUAGCAUCGUUGGCAGUGAGCGACCUUUUUUACGGGCUCGCAGGCCUACCUUUUCGUAUUGCAUCCAUGCUAAGAGUCAUGCCUAAUACUGCAGUUUGCUCGCUAUGGGUUUGGAUAGACAUGAUAUGCGCCGCUGCCUCUAUGGCUAACUUAGCAGUGAUAUCAGUAGACAGAUAUUUAAAAAUAACCAAACCAUUUGCUUACCAUAGAAAUAUGACAAAACGGCGCUCGUUUGGUGCUAUUGGCGGCGUGUGGAUUUACGCAGCCACUCUAGCGUCGCUGUCUAUUAUCAGGUGGCCUGGAGCGGGAGGCGUAUAUGUGGAUCCCGUUACUGGAAUGUGCCCGAAUGACAAUAAAGUGUUCUAUACUGUGGCUAACAUUGUGGCUUUCUUGGUUCCGCUUAUUGUGCUUUGUGUUAACUACUCAAUGAUUUUGCGGACGGCCUGGAUUCAGUUCAAAAAAAUGCAACACAGUAUUGUGAAUACCAGCAGCAAAGAAGAUAAACGUAAACAGAAGAGUGUUACGCGGGACUUCAAGGCCACUAAGACCUUGGCUAUAGUUCUGUUAACUUUUACUAUCUGCUGGGCACCGUUUUUCAUCAUGUUCACCAUCCAUCAAUACGACCCCCUAUACCUGGCGGGCCUUCCACAAGAUCUAGGCAACGGUAUUGUUGACACUUUCUACUAUGUGCUACCAAAUAUAAACAGUGCGUGCAAUCCAGUGAUCUAUGCAUACUUUAACAGUGACUUCCGGCGUGUGUUUAAAAGGUUAAUGUUCUCUGCCUGUGAUAAGGAUCUGCGUAACUAUAGAAGCCGCACCAAGAGAAAAAGCUCGUUAACUAGCUUUUUCCAAAGCACUUUUGUAAGACGAGGAAGUCCACCAACGCCCAGGGACGAUGGAAAUCACAAUUACAAUCACAUUCACAGUCCGUCGAAUAACCAUGAUGAGAAGGCCUCAUUCAUAAAUGGAGACACUGUAAUUACAGAAGUGUGA